UCUCUCUCUCUCUCUAAAAUCCCUAUUAUAAAACGACCUAAGGGGUCCCUCUCUCUCUAUCUUUCAUUGGUUAUCUUAAAACCCACCUAGCCAUUACCGUCGGAUCACGGAUGCCCUUUUAUUGGGGCAGGAAUUCGAGGCGAAGUCCUUUCUCUCUCUACCCCUCUCUCUCUCUCUCUUCCUCGUAUUCCUCUUCAUAAACAAGGCAUUGAGUGCAUGCGGUGUAUGAGGGGGCGAUCACAUGUGUAUUGAUGAUGGUUGUGAUUAUAUGUAUAGGAUAUGGGCAUAUGUGGUCCUUGGUGUAUGAGUCUCUCUGUCUAAACUGCUGGUCCUUGAUUGGUUCAACCAUGGACGAAGGGGAGCGGUGAAGUCUUUGUGCAAAGGGGAGUCGUUUUCUUUCGAUGGUAAUGCCGAGAUCCGGGGUGAGGUUUUCAGCCAUGGACUCCUCUCUUGCAGGUUUUGUGCUGGAUCCUUCGCAGUGCAGUAAGCUAAGCAUGCAAGAAAAGCGGGACUUGGUAUAUGAAAUUUCAAAGUGGUCGGAAGUUGCACCUGAAAUUUUACAGUCAUGGAGCCGGAAAGAACUUCUUCAGGUGCUCUGUUUAGAGAUGGGAAAAGAGAGGAAAUACACAGGCAUAACCAAAUGCAAAAUGAUCGAGCACCUUCUUCGUGUGGUCUCUGAGAAUAAAUCAGUAAAAAAUGUUGAUGGGGAAAACUAUGCAUCAGUGUCACCAUUACCAAGCCCAAACCCACAGAGUUCUUUGAAAAGACAGAGGAAAACAGAGAACCCGUCUCGGCUAGCCAUUGACACAAGCCAUUCACAACCCAACAAUGGAGAAGAUUUUGAUAAUACUGUAUAUUGCCAAAAUUUAGCUUGUAGAGCUAUAUUAAGCACUGGAGACUUAUUUUGCAAGAGGUGCUCUUGUUGUAUUUGUUAUCUUUAUGAUGAUAACAAGGACCCAAGCCUUUGGUUGGUUUGUAGCUCUGAGCCUCCUCAUCAAGGUGAGCCUUGUGGUAUGUCCUGCCAUCUUGAAUGUGCUCUUAAACAUGAAGAGGCCGGCAUUGUGAAAAAGGGGCAGUGUACGUGGUUGGAUGGAAGCUUCUAUUGCAUAUCUUGCAAAAAAGUAAAUGGUCUGAUUGGAUGUUGGAGGAAGCAACUUGUGGUUUCUAAGGAGGCUAGACGAGUGGACGUACUAUGUUAUCGGGUUUCCCUCUGCCUCAGAAUUCUCAAUGGAACAGAGCAAUACAGAGAACUCCAUGCGCUUGUGGAUACAGCAGCAAAGAAGCUUGAAGCUGAAGUCGGGCCUCUUAAUGGGGUGCCCAUUAAGAUGGCAAGAGGUAUUGUCAAUAGGCUCUCUUCUGGUGCAGAGGUGCAAAAGCUGUGUGCUCAUGCAAUAGAGCUAGCUGAUUCUUUGCUAUCUAUUGAGUCACAACCAUCCCCUGAUGCGAGUUCCAAGAUCCAAGCUACUGUUGUGGCUCCUGGUAUCAUCAAAUUCGAAGAUGUCUCUUCAACUUCAAUUUCUGUAGUGUUGGCCCCUGGGGACAAAUUAUCAGAAGAAGCCAUGGGUUACACUCUAUGGCAUCGGGAGGCUGAAAGGAAUGACUAUCCUAAAAAACCCACCAGUGUUUUGUUGAAACAAGAGAAAAGGUUUGUGAUAUCAGACCUAAGCCCAAACACUGAGUAUCUAUGUAAAGUCAUUUCCUUCAGCAAUACAAAAGAAUUGGGAAGGUGGGAAGCUAAAGUUUCUACUAAGAAUGAAGCUGAAGAUGUCAAAAAGAGCUCAUCAGCAAUGAGAGUAGAAGAGCAGGCCUCAGAUUCAGGUGAACAUUUCGAUUUAAAUGAUGAAAAAAACAGUGUUACUCUUUCCGGUCCUUCUUCAGAGAUGUAUGAGUCCAAGGUUGAAUUUGGAGACCAUAAGAGCUCACCCCAUAACAUGUAUUCUCACUGUGAGAAACUUGAAAAGCCGUGUUCUAGUGAGCUUUUGGAUCCUAUGGCCAAUGGAACAAGCGGCUCACCAAACACAAGCACAGGCACCACAUGUUGCGGGAUGCAAGAAGCCAUUACUGAGCAGGAAGACUCAGUUUUGGAUGAUGAAAAUGGAUCUAGUGAGAGAAGAACGGUGCAAGAUGUAACAGUUCAGGAUGAGUCUCAGAGAGAUUCCACAAACUCCUGUGAUGAAAACCAGGACAUGGAAGCCCCUAAAUGCAAAGAGCACAAUACCAUGACUGGAACCCAUUUACUAGAGGAAGCAAGCAAUGAAAAUGGGCCAAAUGGGGUUCAUGGAAUGGAGAUAGAGGCCAUAACUUUAGAGUCUGUUUUACCUGUUACUCCCUCUAAAUCGGAUAGUACAAAAGAGGGGACUGUUAGAGCAAGUGGUAGAGCAAAACCAGUAGGGAACUGUGAGAACUGGGCUGUUAUGCCUGUGAAAGAUGUCCCCUUAAAUAACCCUGAAACUGGUAGCUCCUCAAAGAAGAGAAGCUUAGGAAGGUUGGAGGAGAUGGGGAUAAGAGAACCCAACUUCUCAAAUGGAAACAGGAUUUCACCUAAUGGAUCACCAGGAUCUCUAGAGAAAAACUAUGAAUAUUGUGUGAAAGUGAUCAGGUGGUUAGAAUGUGAAGGCCAUAUAAGAAAGGACUUUAGAGUGAAGUUCUUGACAUGGUUCAGUUUAAAGGCAACACCUCAAGAGAGAAGAAUAGUCAGUGUAUUUGUUGAUACUUUGAUCGAUGAUCCGCCUAGUUUGGCUGGGCAGCUUGUCGAUACAUUUUCAGAGGGGAUAUGCAACAAGAGAUUGCCUGGAAUACCAAAUGGAUUUUGCACAAAGCUUUGGCAUUGAAGAGGGGGAUUCAUAUUCUUUUCAUUACAGAUUGAAAAUGGUCACUAGACAUUGGAUUUUGAAGGGAAAAAUGGGGAAGACAUUGUAAAAUGCGCAUGGUUGAACUAAUCAGGCUCCACUUAUCAUGGAAAACACUAACCAUAUUUCUAGGAUAAGUUUGGACAAAAAAUAAAUAUUAUUUGAAGUACAAAAUUAUGUAUUUUGGUAAAUGGAGGUCACAAUCACCAUUAUAUGUCAAAUUGGGUGGAUGAAGAUGUGUCUUUUACCAAGUCCAAAAGGAAGUAUUAUGAACUUUGUGAAGUAUCCAAAAGGAAGUAUUAUGAACUUUGUUAAGUAUCCAAAAGGAAGUAUUAUGAACUUUGUGACA